GCGCAUGUUAGUGAGAGGUGGUGAAGAAGAGCGAAGAGUUUGAAUAAUGGGGGGCAAAGGGAGAGAAGGACAGCGGGGGGCAAAGGGAGAGAAGGACAGUCCAAGUCCAUGACUUCCCAAAACCAUAUGUAUGUAUACCACUAUGUAUCUAUAUAUAUAGUAUUAAAUGCAGCGGGACAUAGUAAACAUUUUAGGGUUCUUGACAUUUUGUGUGUUUCCAUUUUUCUAUCCAUCUCUAUCUGUUCGUCAUCCAUAGUCAUCUCUCUCUCUCCCCCUCUAUAUCUGCCUUUAUUAUUGAGAGAGAAAGCUAAACACACACACACGCACACACAGAGCUAUGGCGAGGACUAGGUGCUAUCUGGACAUAAGUAUCGGAGGAGAGCUUGAAGGUAGGAUUGUGGUGGAGCUAUUCAACGACGUCGUCCCCAAAACCUCCGAGAACUUUAGGGCUCUCUGUUCCGGUGAAAAGGGCAUUGGCCUCAUCACCGGCGUCCCUCUCCACUACAAGGGAGUUCGUUUUCAUAGAGUUAUUAAAAGUUUUAUGGUACAAGGUGGAGAUAUUUCUGCUGGCGAUGGCACUGGGGGAGAAUCCAUCUAUGGAGAAAAAUUUGAAGAUGAAAAUUUUGAAUUGAAACAUGAAAGAAAAGGAAUGUUAUCAAUGGCGAAUACUGGGCCUAACACAAAUGGUUCUCAGUUCUUCAUCACAACAACCCGCACUUCUCAUCUAGAUGGGAAACAUGUUGUAUUUGGGAAGGUUGUUAAAGGCAUGGGAGUUGUUCGGUCUAUGGAUCAUGUUACUACUGGUGAAAAUGACUGGCCAACUGUUGAUAUUAUAGUUGCGGAUUGUGGAGAAAUUCCUGAGGGGGCAGAUGAUGGGAUAGCUAAUUUUUUUAAAGACGGUGAUAUGUAUCCUGACUGGCCGUCUGACCUUGAUAACAAUUCCGAUGAGCUGUCUUGGUGGAUGAAUGCUGUAGAUUCUGUGAAGGCUUUUGGAAAUCAACAUUUCAAGAAGCAAGACUAUAAGAUGGCUCUUAGGAAGUAUAGGAAGGCUUUACUUUAUUUGGAUGUCUGCUGGGAGAAGGAAGGGAUUGAUGAAGAAAAAAGUUCAUGUUUAAGGAAGAUAAAAGCACAGAUAUUUACCAACAGUUCUGCUUGUAAAUUGAAAUUGGGAGAUUUAAAGGGAGCACUGUUGGACACAGAUUUUGCAAUGCGUGAUGGAGAAAACAAUGUGAAAGCUUUGUUUCGCCAAGGCCAGGCAUACAUGGCACUUAAUGAUAUAGAUGCUGCUAUCGAAAGUUUCAAGAAGGCAUUGGAAUUGGAGCCAAAUGAUGCUGGAAUAAAAAAGGAGCUGGCUGCUGCAAAGAAGAAGACGAGAUCUGGAGAGAAGCAUAUUCUAAGAUGUUCCAAUAGCAGUUGGUGGUUGCAUGGCUACCAUUGUCUCUUAGGAACAAUAUACAGUUAGUUACUGUGCUGAUUCAAUGUUGGAUUGAGUGAACUUGUUCAGGCUUUUUCACACAUUCAGGUUUUCAUUUGAGGGUGAAGAACAUGAGCAUAUAUCCAAAACC